AUGUCUUUCACAAUUCACGACCUCGUUCCCUGCCAAACUCCAAUGUCCUCGACUCUCAAAGCGCUUGAGGUGGGGUACCGACAUAUCGACUCGGCCCAAUUCUACGCAAAUGAAGCUGAGGUCGGCGAGGCAUUGCGUGCCUCUGGUAUACCGAGAGAUCAAGUGUUCGUUACAACUAAGAUCUUGACUCCCGCAGGCUCGAUCGAAUCUACCUACGAUAAGGUGCUAGCCAGUGUGGAGAAGAUUGGGGGCCCUGGCGGCUAUGUCGAUCUGUUCCUGAUUCAUAGCCCCAAGUCGGGCCCAGCUGGUCGCAAACACCUCUGGCAGGUGCUGGAGAGGCUUCAUGAGGAGGGUCGCGCAAAGAGUAUUGGCGUGAGUAACUUCGGCGUGGGUCACAUUGAGGAAAUGAAGUCAUACGCCAAGGUUUGGCCGCCGCAUGUGAAUCAACUGGAGCUUCAUCCAUGGUGCCAACAGCGCACUAUUACCGCAUACUGCAAGAGGCACAAUAUCGUCGUGGAGGCUUAUUCGCCCAUUGUUCGAAACUAUAAGGCAAAUGAUGAGACGUUGGUAGAGGUGGCAAAGAGAUAUAACAAAACCACACAGCAGGUCUUGCUACGCUAUUCCCUCCAAAAGGGAUGGAUCCCGCUACCCAAGAGCGACAACCCAGAGCGCAUUGCCAGCAACGCCAACAUUUUCGACUUCAAUCUCAGCGAAUAUGAUGUAGAGCUUUUGGACUCGCUCGACCAAGGCGAUGCCGGAGCUAUUGUCGAGUAUGUUGUCAAUGAAUAA